GAAUAAGUUUAAUAAGUUGUGAAACAUCGAAAUGGCUGUAAAAAUACUACAUAACGAUGAUAAUUUUAUAAUCGUAAACAAACCUUACGAUAUGUACAUUAACUCUGACGAUGUAAACGAAAAGAACACGGUCGCAUGCCACAUAGCCAGUCAAGACUCUCAUUUGUCAUCAUCAUCUCAGCCUCUUCAUUUUGUACAGCGGCUGGACUACGCCACGAGCGGAGUUCUCUGUAUUGCCAAGAACAAACGAGCCGCCGCCAAAGCUGGGAGACUUUUAGAGAAGCGUUUCGCGAAGAAAUAUUAUCUUGCAGUUUUAAGAGGACAUGUGAAAUUUCCUAAUUGCCGUAUUGAGUAUGAAAUUGGAGACGAUCCUAGCACACAGGAUACGAAUCACAAAAUGCUAGCAGUGACCGAUCCGGCUUCUCAAAGCGCCAGCCGCAGUCGCUCCGCCCGCACCACUCUCCUGCUACUGGAGACAGGGUUCUAUGGGGGAGAUCCUGCAUCCGUUGUUCUGAUGAAACCCACUACUGGUCGCAGGCAUCAGCUGAGGGUGCAUUGUUCGACUAUAGGUCACACGAUAUUAGGCGAUUACACGUACAGUGACGGGAAAGACGCGAGUACCGAUAGGAUGUUUCUACAUGCCAUGAGAUUAGUACUUCCGUUUCAAGACGAAACUUUGGACAUUCAAACUGCAGAGCCUUUUUAUUCAGACGACAGCUUUAAUAACAAAUGGAAAACAGAAACUGUAUUUCACGGAUUCAGGGAAAGUGACGAGUUUAUAUCGACGUGUGCUGUUAUUGAUUUACUAAGUGAAGACAGUGAUAUUUUGGUAUUCCAAUAUAAUUCUAAAGCUUCGUAAUCUGUUGGUAUUUUAUUUUAUUCUAGAAAAUAAUGCCUUUGAGCCACAAUAAAAAAGUCAUUAGUUUUACGUUGCUAAAAUAAAUUUAUUCGCCUUCCGAAUCGACAUCAUUGUGGGUUGAUAAUAGCGAUCGACUAGCCUUUCGCACAAUACAAGUUUAGUAAUGUAGUACAUCCCUAAAAUCAACUAUGAACUUUACUAACUUAAUAGGGUGG